GGCUUGCCUGGCAGGCUUAGCAAGUUGUCAGGGCUUGCGUUGAAGGGUGUUCUCUUUGUACUGGUUUGAAGUCCAGGAUCAGAGAUAAAACUGACCGCCAUAAUCUAUCUAGGGUUUCAAAUAAAUGGCGUAUUCAUUUACUGUGGGGGAGGAUAACACUGUUUUUGAAGUAAGGAUAUUUUAAUUUUAUAAAUGGUAAGUUGGCUCUUUUUAAAAUAAAGUGGGGGGUUUUGUGACGUCUAUUUUUCAUACUUUAAGUACUUCGAUACUUGUCUGAUAAUUUAGGGGUAUUGUGCCUAACGCAUGAUUUUUUCGUGCUUUUCUACAUGCGGAAUACUCGGCUUUCUUCUUUCUCUUUUCCCGGGUUCUUCGAAUCUUUUGAGUCCGGAGACCGUCGAAGAUCGGAGCCCGACGAUUAGUAGUUUCCGGUGAUCAUAGCGGGAAAUCCGAACGGAUAAAUAAUGACAGAUUCGAAUUUAGACUCAGGGGACAACAACAUCCAGGUGUUUGUAAGAAUAAGACCUCCGUGUCAAGAUGAGCCUGGUAAUGCGAGAGUUGUUGAUGCGGACCCAAAUAAUGCCCAGGUCAUACUUAGACAGCAACCAAAGAGCAAGGUGUUUGCCUUUGACUAUGUGGCAGAUGUGGACUCAAGACAGGAAACAAUUUUUUCCAAACUUGGUAAGAAGGUGAUAGAGAACUGCAUUGCUGGAUACAAUGGUACCAUUUUUGCCUAUGGCCAGACAGGUUCUGGUAAAACAUUUACCAUGAUGGGACCAUCAGAAGAUGCUGAGAAUUUCCAGCAUGAACAACGAGGAGUGAUUCCACGAAGUUUUGAAUACAUGUAUAGUCUCAUUACUAGAGAAAAAGAAUUGCAUGGUGAAAAUAAGCAGUUUUUAUGCAAAUGUUCGUUCCUGGAGAUAUACAAUGAACAGAUAUACGACCUUCUAGAGCCGUCAUCAUCUUCCCUACAACUACGAGAGAGUCUGAAAACUGGUGUUUAUGUGGAAAAUCUGUCAGAAAAGGUUGUCAAUAAUGCCAGUGAGGCUUAUGAGGUAUUAAGUUCAAGUUGGAUGAACAGGAAAGUUGCAUCAACCUCCAUGAACAGAGAAUCUUCUAGAAGUCAUGCAGUGUUUACACUUCAAAUAGAGUCCAAGAUGUGUAAAGGUGGCAUGGACAAGGUUAUCACAUCAUCACUUAACUUGGUUGAUUUAGCUGGCAGUGAGAGACAAAAAGAUACUCUUGCUACAGGACUUAGAUUAAAGGAAGCUGGCUCCAUUAACAAGAGUUUGUCUAAUCUUGGUAAAGUUAUUAUGUGUCUUGUCAAUGUAUCCAGAGAUGGCAAGAAAAGAUUUAUACCAUAUCGUGACUCGAAAUUAACCUUCCUGCUCAGGGAUUCACUGGGAGGUAACUCGAAGACAAGUCUGAUUGCCUGUGUACAUUCAGGAUAUAAGUGUUAUGGAGAGACACUUUCUACAUUGCUGUUUGCUAAAAAUGCCAAGAUGAUCAAGAACAAAGCCGUGCUGAAUGAGAAUUCGCAUGGAAACCUUCUGAAAUUACAGACGUUGGUCAAAGAGUUGACUGCUGAGUUAGAUUUAUAUAAAAGAGGCGUUCAACGUCCAAUCUCUACAGCUGAAGUGGAGGUUGAAAUGCCAGUACUAAAAGAAAUGUUUUUGCAGGCAAUGAGACUACGUCAGGUCACAGAAACAGAAAAACAGGAUCUUCAUAUGGAAAUAGAAAAGUUACGCGAACUAUGUGACAAGAAGGAUAAAGCGAUACAAACUAACAAAAUGAUCAUAAAGUUCAGGGACAACAAUAUCAAAAGAUUGA